AUGCACCUGGGCACACUCCUUACCCUCCCCCUCCUCGCCGCGGCGGUCCCAGCGGCUCCUCUCAGCGGCCAGGCGCCGUUCCAACCAUCGUCGUACGACCCUGAGAUCUCGAUCGACCUCGACCUUGACGACCUCCGUCUUGUCCGCUUCGCCGAGAAUGAGCAGCCAGUAUGGGUGACGGAGCUGCAGAAGAUCGAGGCCAAGGCGGCUGGGCGUAACUUCAUGGACAUUACCGACACACCAAAGUUAGGAAUGUCGACAUUCCUGCGGCCCAAGAAGUCGUCCAAGCACAAGUACACCAAGCCGGGCAAGCACUCGAAGGACGUCAAGGCCUUCCAAAAGAACAUUGACGUCAAGCACAUGGAGAAGUUCCUCUCCAAGUUUACUUCAUUCAAGACGCGUUACUACCGCUCUCAGACUGGCAAGGACUCGCAGCGCUUCCUGCAGGCCACCCUUUCCGAGAUCAGCAAUCUGCACGAGGCUGGUGGCAUAAAGGUGUCCGAGUUCCCCCACUCGUGGGGCCAGAAUUCGCUCAUCGUCCGAUUCCCUGCCGAGAACCCAAAGGGGCCGGUCACCAUCGUCGCUGCGCACCAGGACAGCACCAACAUGUGGCCAUUCCUCCCUGCUCCUGGCGCCGAUGACGACGGAUCUGGCACUACCUCCAUCCUCGAGGCGUACAAGUCCCUUUCAGAGGGCAACUUUACCUCGACCAACCCCCUCGAGUUCCACUGGUACUCGGCUGAGGAGGGUGGUUUGCUCGGCUCGCAAGCCGUUGCCAAGGACUACGAGGCGCGUGGCGUCGACGUCAACGCCAUGAUCCAGAUGGACAUGACUGCUUGGGUCAAGCGCGGCAGCGAGGAAGUGAUUGGCAUCGUAACCGACUUUGUCGACCCCGAUCUCACUUCGUGGCUCACCAUGGCCGUGGACGCGUACUGUGACAUCCCUGCUGUGGAGACCAAGUGCGGCUAUGCAUGCUCGGACCACGCAUCGUGGACCCAGGCUGGAUACCAGAGCUCGUUCUCAAUCGAGAGCAAGUUUGAGGACUCGAACAAGAACAUCCACUCGACCAACGACCGGAUGGACAUUUCAGACGAGUUCUCGAUCAAGCACAUGGCGCAGUUCUCCAAGCUCGCCAUUGCGUUCGCCGUCGAGCUCUCGUCAUAA